UACUAGGAUUAUAAAAUGGCUGAUGAUUUUAAGAUAGCCCAACCGAAGCAAUACCAGAGACUAUUCCUGAAAGAUGAUAUCAGACCUGACGGUCGAGCACUGACCGGCUGUAGAGAAGUAAAGAUCCACGUCAAUACAGUGAGCAGUGCUCUGGGAAGUGCGAUGGUGUGCUGUGGAAAUACCCGUGUUAUAGCCGGGAUCAAGGGCCGGUUUGCUGAACCCACCAUAAACAAUCCCAGCUCCGGGUACCUGGUACCCAACAUGAUCCUGCCCAUGGCCUGCAACACCAAGUACAAACCAGGAUAUCCCGCUGACUCGGGGGUGGCCAUGUCAAACAAGUUGGAGACCCUCAUAACAGACGUUACUGACCUAAUGGAGCUGUGUGUGGUGCCCGGAAAGGUGGUGUGGUGUCUCAAUCUGGAUAUCGUCUGUAUUAACGACGACGGUAAUGUGCUGGACGCAGCCGUGUUAGCGUUGUCGGCGGCCCUCAACAAUUGCUGGCUACCAGCUACUCAUGUGAUAGAGGAGACAGGAAGAGUUGUUGUGGAUCCUGAGGGAGAGAAGACAAAAUUAGAGCUGAAGUUCAUUCCUAUAUCAGUCACCUUAUCAGUUUUCGACGAUCAAACGUUACCGGACCCAUCAGAAGAUGAAGAAAAGAUCCAGUGUGGCUCACUGACCUGUUGUAUAGACGAUCAGAGCAAAAUAAGGGCUAUGUGGUCAAGUGCUAAUUUGGCGGACGAUGUUUUAUCAGCCGCACUGAUUUAUGUCAAGAAAAGGGCCUCUGUCUUGUUAUCAGUUCUUCAGAAGGUCUCAAAGACCUCGUGACCACUGACCACGUGCUUUAACCAUAUCUCACUACCCCUCAAAUCUCAAUAUCAAAUAUAACGAAUGCUAAGUUAACACGCCUCGUGAGACUGGUAGGUUUUCUUAAUAUAAAGGAACCUUCUUCUCUCCCAACCUUUGCCGAUGUGGACUCGUUAAGACGAGACCAAGAACAGAGAAUACUGGACACAAUUCUUAUCAUUUGUAUGGGGCUGUUCGCAUACUACAUUGAAACUGUGGGUCGGGAAAACCUUUCAGAAGUGGGUGAGUGGAGGUUAAAACACGGCUACAAAGUGAAAACGAAACAUGCGAAAGGUCCCCCAAUUCUGUGCUUACUCCUUCAUUUUUUACACAAAUGAUGAUAUCUUUUCAGCAGCUUUACUA